AUGACACGCCUGCUACGAUUUAUUGCGCUUGCCGGCAUCACCUACAUCCCUCUGGCUUACAGUGCGACUACCAACUCGCCCGCUUCUGCCUCAAAUACCUCGGGUAUAGAGGUAGACAUUAUCUUUCCUAUUCACAAUGCAACCUACAACAUCACCGAGUCGCUUCCCAUCGUAUUCGCUCUGCAGAACCUGACAGCAGCCGCUGCCAUCGGGCCCUUCACUUUUGAAUGGGAUAUCAUGCCCUAUGGCAACGUUGGCGAGUUACAGGAGCCCGGCGGCGUUUUAAAUGAUUUCGCGAGCGUCUACUUCACCACUGGCAAUGCCACGACGGAGCCAUACAUCCUCGUCAACCAAACAGACGUGCAAAAAUGGCAGUACGGGCCCUAUUAUCCACACGGCUCCGUAUACGCUCUGCAGUGGAAUAUACAGUGGGAUGUCGAUACCGGACCCUGCGAUUCCGCUCGGCUAGGCAUGCUCGGAACGCUCUUCUUCAAUAUUAACCUCAACGAUCCAGAGCCCAACCUCACGAACGUGACAGGGCAGUGUCCGCAACUAGGCGCUGUAUAUCAGAUCAACACGGCAGCUAAGAACAGUUCCUGCUCGGCGGUGGUGACCAAUAAUGGUACAGGCGACCCUUGCGCUGUCACCUUGGACCAGGCUAGGGUGGCGAAUAUCUCGAGUACCUGGAAGGGCCUAGUCGCAGCGUCAACGGCUACCACAUCUGCUAGUGCUACGGCCACAUCUUCGCCGGCAAAGAAGAACUUUGCUGUUGGUUCUAAUGUUCCGUUUUCAUAUAUGUUGGUGGCUACGUUGCUCGGAUCUCUUCAGAUGAUCAUGUCUUGA